AUGAUGAUGCAGAGGCAGCUGUUGAAGAAGCUCAGUUUCAGACCUCCCAAUGGAGUAUCUCAAUUCAAUCAACGGAGAGAAAUGCACAGCAGGAACAAGAAGGCCAUGGAGUUGAUAGCCAAAGGGUGGAGUGCUCUAAAGGAAGUGGACAGAGUUAUCGAUUAUUGCGAGCUCAAUGAUAGCCGCCUCAUCCCUCUAUUAAGGGCAGCAAAGGAAAACUUUGAGUUGGCUCUAGAAGCUGACAACUCAAAUACCCAUGCCAGGUAUUGGUUGUCCAAAUUGCAUUUGAAAUACCAUGUCCCAGGUGCUUGCAGAGCUAUAGGAGCUGCUUUGUUAGUUGAAGCGGCGAAUAUGGGUGAUCCGGAUGCACAGUAUGAACUAGGUUGUAAGCUUAGAGUUGAGAAUGAACAUGUCCAAUCGGAUCAACAAGCUUUCCAUUAUCUGGAGAAGGCUGUUGACCAGUUGCAUCCAGGUGCACUUUAUCUUCUGGGUGCCGUGUAUCUGACGGGGGACUGCGUGAAGAAAGAUGUUGCCUCCGCAUUAUGGUGUUUCCAUAGGGCAUCAGACAAGGGGCAUGCUGGUGCAGCUAUAGCAUUUGGGUCUCUUCUUCUUCAAGGUGUUGAAAUCCCAGAAUCUGUGACGAAGUUCGUUUCCAAGAGGGGUUCUUUGGCCAGAAUGGCAAGAAAGAAUGGAGAAAGCCUUGUAACAGAUCCCAUUGAGAUGGCAAGAGAACGGUUCCACAUUGCUGCGAAAGGAGGAUGCGAUCUAGGACUGAAAUGGUUGGCAAGACUUGAGGAGGAAGAGAAGCAUCUAUUGACCGGAACUGAAAUGGUUGAACAGACUUAA